AUGAAAAAUACUACCUCUAAGAAUAAUAAUAAACUUAAAUUACAAGCAGAUGAUAAAUCAAUCACAGUAGUAAUAACAGCAAUAGAUGCUAGGGCAAGGACAUUAGGGAAGAAUUUGAAGCCUAAUAACUUCAAAAAUUAUAAAAGUGAUGGAGAAGAUACUUUUGACAAAUUUGAUUAUGAAGAGGAAGACAAACUAGAAGGAUAUUUUAUAGAGGAAAACCCAGCUCUGUAUUUUACUAAUAUUGAAGAAAUACCUACAAAUUAUAAAGAGAAAAAGAAAAAGUUAAAACAACAGCAGCAAGUGGUGGAGCUUCUAAAACAAGAAAAGAAUAUAUUUACUCUAAAUAUUGAAAAUUUAGAGCGUACUGAUGUUAUAACUCACACCAUUCAUACUGCUAAUAUGCUACCAAUCAAACAAGCACCAUAUAGACUAGCCCCAGAUGAGAAUGAUUUUUUAAUAGACGAAGUACCAGAAGCCAGAGGCAUAGCAAUUGAAAAGGUUGAAUUAGCACAGAGGGUAGCCAAUGAAAGACAUGAUCAGUGGUUAUGA